AUGCCACAGGCUGCACGAUGGGCGGGCACGCCGUCCAUCAAGGGACGAAGCGAGUCGACGCGCAUGGCGCUGUUGACCUUUAGUCUGGUUGGAUUGCAGUUCACUUGGGGCACUGAGAUGACAUAUUGCACACCAUAUCUUCUUCAACUCGGCUUGACAAAAUCCAAGACUUCAUUGGUAUGGAUUGCUGGACCACUGUCAGGACUGAUCAUCCAGCCUCUGAUCGGCGUGAUUGCCGACCGAUCGCGUUCAAAAUGGGGCCGGCGGAGACCGUUUAUGGUCUUUGGUUCUUUUGUCGUGGCUUUCUGUCUCAUCGUACUAGGUUGGACAGCCGAGAUUGUGGGCAUGUUUGUGAAAGAUCCCGAGAAGGCCAAAAAUGCCACUAUCGCGUUGGCUGUAUCCAGUAUCUACGCGGUCGACUUUUCUAUCAACGUUGUCCAAGCAUGCUGUCGCAGCUUGAUUGUGGAUACGCUUCCGAUUCCAUUGCAGCAAGCUGGGUCUGCCUGGGGUAUGUCAUUCCCAGCCGUCAUGGUGGAAGAGACACUGAUCAUCGUAACAGCGGGCCGAAUGUGCGCUAUUGGUCAGCUAAUCAGCUAUGUAAUUGGCUCGAUUGAUACGGUCAGCAUUUUUGGCAGCCUUUUGGGAGAUACGCAGUUCAAGCAGAUGACGGUGAUUGCCGCUAUGUCUUUGAUUCUGGCGGUGGCUGUGACAUCCUACUCUGUCAAGGAACGCGUUCUGAUCUCAGCGAGGGACUCUGAUGGCAAAGGAGGCGCAAUUCAAGCGAUCUCACAAUUAUUCAAAACCACGAUGGAACUCCCUCCUCGCAUUCAGGCCAUUUGCUGGGCUCAAUUCUGGGCUUGGAUCGGGUGGUUCCCUUUCCUUUUCUAUAGCACGACAUGGGUUGGCGAGACCUACUUCCGUUAUGAGGUCUCCAAAGACCAGGCCACGAAGACAACCGACAUGCUUGGCGAGGUCGGCCGCGUUGGUAGUCUUUCUCUAACGGUCUUCUCCUCAAUUACAUUCUUAAGCUCCGUCCUCUUGCCGUUCUGCGUUCAGUCGCCAGAUACCAAGCGCACGCGCUUCACACCUCGACCCCCACCCGGUAUAGCCGCAAUUCUCAAGAAAAUCACAACUGUCCGACCAGACCUCCAGACAGCCUGGCUGAUCUCUCACAUCAUGUUCGCCGCCACUAUGAUAUUCGCUCCACUGGCACACUCACGGGCCUUUGCAACCUUCCUCGUGGCAGUGUGUGGAAUCCCCUGGGCGAUCAGCGGCUGGGCACCAUUCGCAUUCAUGGGCGUGGAAAUCAACAAACUGACCAUGAAUGGUGGUCCCGGGGCACCAGGAAUGGCAGCGGAAGCUACGCGCUCCGGCGUGACUAUGAUCACGUCUGCAAGUCUGCGCAAUUCAGCCGCCGACACCGAGCUGGAGGUGCUACGACUGAAUCACCGUGACUCGGAUAGUGACACCGAUGAAGAAGACCAAGCCUCGAACAUUCCCUCCACGGGCGAGUUGGCUGGUAUCUAUCUCGGUGUGUUGAAUGUAUACACUACGCUUCCGCAAUUCGUCGGCACGUUCAUUAGUUGGAUUGUGUUUAGUCUCUUGGAACCCGGCGCACGACCCAACAAGGACAGUGAUGCCUCAGAUACGCAGUGGAUGAAUCUGGAUAAAGAUAAGCCCAACGCGAUCUCCAUCUGUUUGUUUAUCGGCGCGAUUAGCGCCCUCGUUGCCGCUGAGGCAACCCGCCGAUUGCGGUAUGUCUCGUAA